AUGAACACAGCACAACCUAUCCCUAGUUCAGGAAGUCAGACGGCACAUUUACCUAAUUAUUCUACCUGGACUGAAUACUCUUCUCCCCGGGGAUCAGCGACUGCCAUAGCCUUGUUAGAGACCGGAACCCGCAAACACCUGGAAGCGGAGCUGGGGGCGGCCCAGAACGUGGCAAGUCGGCUUCCACGACUGCGUGCGAAGGUGCAGAGUCCAGAGGGGUGCUCGCCGAGCCCCGCCCACUGCAACAACCGGACGCGCGUCACUGCGCCUGCGUCUCUCCUCGCCCCGCCCCAGACCUGGACGGCGAGGGGCGGGGCGGCAAGGGAUGCCAACGAGGGGACUGGACAGCCGCCUCACGCAGCGCCGGAACGUUUUGGGCUCAGGGCUGCGGGCGCCCCUCUCGGGCGUGCGCCCUCCGGCGUCCUGGCUGCUUGGGUCGUAGCUGUCCGGGCAGUAGCCUGGCAGCUUCUCUGGGCGGCGAGUGGCCUCACCCCCUGGCCAGCCGCGGCCUUCCUCGCCGCCCCUUCUGACGCCGGUUUGAGGGCCACUUGUUCUGAAAUUAUUUUGAAGCAAGAAGUCUUGAAAGAUGGUUUCCAUAGAGACCUUUCAAUAAAAGUGAAAUUUGGAGAAAGUAUUGAGGAUUUACAGACCUGCCGACUCUUAAUUAAACAGCGCAUCCCGACAGGACUUUUUGUGGAUCCGUAUGAGUUGGCUUCAUUACGAGAGAGAAACAUAACAGAGGCAGUGAUGGUCUCAGAAAAUUUUAAUAUAGAAGCCCCUAACUAUUUGUCCAAGGAAUCUGAAGUUCUCAUUUAUGCCAGACAAGAUUCACAAUGCAGUGAUUGCUUCCAAGCCUUUUUGCCUGUGCACUACCGCUAUCAUCGGCCACAUAGUAAAGAUGGCGAAACCUUUGUUGUGGUCAAUAACCCAGAUUUGUUGAUGUAUUGUGACCAAGAAUUUCCAAUUUUGACAUGCUGGGCUCAGGAAGAAGUGACAACUCCUUGUGAUUUGAAGAAUAGUGAUAUCUGCCAAUGGAAAAAUAUGAAGUAUAAAUCAGUUUUUAAGAAUGUGACUCUGCAGAUUCCAGUGGGACUGACCAUACAUACCUCUUUAGUAUGUUCUGUGACUCUCCUCAUUACAAUCCUGUGUUCUACUUGGGUCUUGGUGACUGUUUGUAAAUAUGGCCAUUUUUCCCUAUAAGUUUUCUGCAGUUUUUUUUUAAUGCUUUCUAUAAACCUAAAUAAGAUCUAUUCAUUUGUGACUGAGCUGUUCUUCUAGAAUUAAGUCAUUACUUUUGUCUCUUGUUUUCAUUUAUGGCUAAAAUUCUGUUUAUCAGAGAAAUUUUUGGAUCUCAGCUAAUUCCAAAACUUAGUAUUCUAUUGUACAGACCCUUGGUAAUCCUCAAGCAUCAAAUGCCAGUGGAAGAAACUUAAUUCUGUUAAAUUAAUAUUUAUUUUGUGAGAAGUGACUUUAUCUUCAUUUGGGAUAGAAAAAUUAUUUAUUUAUGUAAUGGAGACAAAUAUUCUCAUUUUGUGAAUAGAAAUCUUUCAGUUUAAGCUAAAAAUUGAGAAAACAUUAUAAAUAAGAAUAAAAUAAUUUGAAUGAAAA